UUUCUGAUGUUUUGCCAGCACUAGUUCAUAAGUUCACGUCGUACCGCUCGGCCGCGGAAAACGGAAAAUACUCUUUUGAUUUUCGACGAAAAAUUCGAGGCACCAAUAGGAAAUGGCUCAAAUAACUCGGAAAAUCAAGUAUCAUAUUUUUUUGUGAACCAAGAUCGCGAAAAGGAAAAAUACGAUCCGUUGCCGUUAAAUUCUAAGUUAAUUAGUUUCAAUUAGGCAAAAGAAAAGGAUUACAACAGCAACAAAACACAACAACAACAACAACAGUGCGAGUGAACGAAAUGGAAAGAAGCAAGCAGCAACAACAGCAACUGUGAGCAGUGAUCGCGUGUGUGUAUGAGUGUAUGUGUGUGCGAUUGUGCUGGAAUGGAAUGCAGUUACGAAAAAAAUAAAUAAUUGAGAGCGCCGCUCGCUCGCUCUCUGUCUCUUACACGCGCGCGUUCGCCCGUGUGUGUGUAUUUGUGUGUCUCCAUUAUCGGCGGAGUGAAAGAAAUGGAAUGAAAUAAAAAGAAAUGUCUUUGCUAAUGUAAACAGCGCAAAGAGAAACCCCCCGAAAAAACGGCAGAAGCAGAGAAAAAAAGAAAAAGCGCGCGUCGUCGGGUGAAAAAAAAUAAAAUCGAGGUUUUCUCAGACUCCACUUAAAGCAAACCGGGAGAAAAUACUACGAAAAUGCCGAAUCUACAACAGACAGCGUCGCAAUCGCAGCAUCACCUGCAUCCCCAUCACCUGAGGCCCCAGCAGCAGCACCACCAACAGCACCAACAACAACACCAACAUCAACACCAUCAGCAACACCACAGCGACUUUCCGCUGCCCGAUGGCUGGGAUAUAGCCAAGGAUUUUGACGGCAAGACCUACUACAUAGAUCAUAUCAACAAAAAGACCACCUGGUUGGAUCCCAGAGAUUGCUACACAAAGCCACAGACCUUUGAGGAUUGUGUGGGCGAUGAGCUGCCCAUGGGCUGGGAGGAGUCCUAUGACCCCAUGAUUGGUCUCUACUAUAUCAACCAUUUGGAGCAGAGCACACAGCUGGAGGAUCCGCGCCAGGAAUGGAAGAGUGUCCAGGAGCAGAUGCUAAGCGAUUACCUAUCAGCGGCGCAGGAUCAGUUGGAGAACAAGCGGGAGAUGUUCGAUGUGAAACAGCAGCGUCUUCUUUGGGCCCAAGAGGAGUACAAUCACCUUAAACAGGCAGCCAGUCGAAGCAGUUUGUGCUCUUCCUCCAGCUCGAUGAGCCGACAUGAUCCAGAGCUCCUGAGAGCCGACUUAAUGCUGGCCAAGGAACGUGUCCAUCAGCUGAAGCAGGAGCUGACCCACAUUACCAAUGAUAUUUCGUACACGGAACGCGGCAUGAAUACCCUGUAUUCCGUGGGCGAGAAGAUCAAUGCUCGGCAAAAUGGAUGCUAUGACAUUGCCGAGGUCCAGGCAAUACGCGAGGAAAUGCUCAAGGUGCACAAGUCGCUGGUGUCCGGCGAGAAGGUGCGCGAGGAGCUCAUGCGCAGUCUGGUGCAGAUCAAGAACGAGCUGAGUCGCCAGCAGAUUAGCGAGGAGAACUCGGAUCUCGCCUCGCCCUUCGACCGAGUGUGUGUGGCCAGUCAGACGGAUCUGUGUGGUUCUGUGUCGGGCGACAAUCUGAAUGGAGGAGCUCGCUUUGCGGAGAUGGCCAAGACCAAGCUGCAGUAUGCCGAGUGGCGGAAGCACAUCAAGAAGCUGCAGCAGCAGCUGGCUGACCAUGUGGAACGCAUUGAGCCGGGUCAGUUGGAGUCGGACAAGGAUCGCAUUCUGCUGAUCCAGGAGAAGGAGAAGUUGCUGAAUGACCUCAACAGCAUCUCGGUGAAGUCGCGCAGCGAGGAGGAGAAGCGGGUGAUCCAGCAGACCCGUCACAAACUAGAGGAGGACCUCAAGGAGGCGUACGAGGCCAACAACACAUGUGUGGCCAACCGGUUGCGCUUCCACGAGGAGAAGCAGCUGCUGCUGGAUAAGCUGCAGGAGGCCCUCAAGUCCACCAAACUGCUGGAGGAGCGACUCAAGUCCUUCUCCUCGGAGAGCACCUUCUCCAUUAGCAGCGGCAGCAGCCUGGGAUCCCUGUCCACCGCCAGCAGUAAGAGUGCUCUGAGCUUCACCGACAUCUACAUCGAUCCCUUCGCGGUGGAUUCACCCAUCGAUGUGGUGGUGAGACGGCGUUCGCAGCGAUUGUUCCAACAGCGCCUGCAUCCCGUUCAUCCUGUGUCCUGUCUGCAGCAACAGCAGUCCUCGGAGGUCUCGCUCUCGCCGCGCAGCAGCCUGUCCAUGGAAACGCCGCCCGCCUCACCGAUGAAGUAUAAUCCUGGAGCGGAUAAUCAAACACCACAGAACCUUAAGGAGGAGCCCACCUAUGCCAAUGCUCUGCCCGCCCCGCCCGCCUACACAGCCCCGCCGCCAGUUCCACUUUCUGGGGUUCGAGCCCGUCCCUAUGACCUCGACUCCACGGUCCUCGAUUGCAUGAUGCUGGAGGCGAAGCUGCAGAAGUUGAAUUUGGGUGCAACACCCCUUACCCUGGCCGCUUCGGCCCCACUCUCACCCAUUUCGGAGAAGCCCUCGCUGCUGGAUCUGCCGCAGGAGAUGCUCAGCCGCUCAUCCUCCACAUCCAAUACGAGAUCCGUUUCGGCGGCAGUUAGCAAUGAAUCGGUGGCCGGCGAUUCCGGUGUCUUUGAGGCAUCGCGUGCCCAUCUGCCGCGCAAGGAGUUGGCCCAAGUUCAAAUAGGACUCAAGUAUCUGAAGCAGGAGGGUGUGCUGGUGGUGUCCCUGGAACGGGCCAACAAUCUGUUGGCUCUAUGGACGGCCUCGUCGGACAACUCACAAGUAUAUCUGCGUGCCGCUUUGCUGCCGAAUUCACUCACCUCCAUACGGACCAAGGCCUUGGGAGAUUUCCAGAAGCCCGUCUUUAAUGACACAUUCGCAGUGCCCAUUACGCUGGACAAGCUGCUGACCAAGAGCCUGCAGGUCACAGUGGUUACCAUGACGGGACAGAAGGAGGAGAUUAUUGGCACUGUCCAGAUCAGUAUGGCCGAGUUUAAUCCGGAGGAUUCCACCUUAAAGUGGUACAACGUUCUAAGCUCCAAGUUCAUUCCCAGCUUUGAGUCCCUGGACAUUCCCUCCACCAGUGCUGCAGCAGCGGCAGCCGCUGUUGCUGCCGCCAGUUCCAAUUCCAGCACGAGUGUUGGCACUCGAGAGGAGUCUUCGGAUGAGUCCACCAUCACUUCCUCGCAGACUUCGACCCUGACACGCAAUCAGGCGCCGCCGAUGGAAAUGCAGGCGCAAAUUGCUGAAGAGCAGCCGGAGAAGGGUUGUCCCAAUGAGCAAGAGUGCAGCGAUGACGACGACGAUGACGAUGAUGAUGAGGAGGAGGAAGAGGAGGACGAUGACAAGCAGCUCAUUAACGAUGUUGGCGCAACGAACUCCAGCUGCAUGCUUGAUGCCUAUCUGCAGAACAUGAAGCAGGAGUUUGCCGACAAGGAAACAAACACUGACUGCGCCUUCCUCCCAGAGAAGUCUCGUGGUCAAUCGCAGCUAAUGGACGAUAGGCCCGUUAAGCGAUCACAGACCUUUACGCCCUCGGCGGCCGUUAGCAAGAAUCGUUACAAUUGCCGCUUGAAUCGUAGCGACUCUGACUCAGCCAUGCAUUGUGGAGUGGCUCCUCAUACCUUCCAGCGCGGCGCCGCAGAGCGACGAUCCCUGCGCUUCCACACUAAGGCACCCAAGCCUGUCACAAGUAAAACUACAUACUCAAUACCCCGCACCAGCUUGGUGGAGCUCGAUCUGCAGGCGCAGCACAGCACUUACUUCCUCAACGAUCAAAUUGCCAAGCUGCAGAACCUCAAAGAAGUGUAAUUUGCAGAAGCCUGCGAGAACAAGGAUCCAUUGAUUGCCGCCUGGGCCAUUGAGAACGAGGAGUUCCAACUGGUGGCUCGUGCCGAUCCCGCCAAGUGUCCCGAGGAGCGUCAGCUCCAGAAGCUGCUGAUGAAGACCGCCAAAGAGAUUCACAAGCUGCGCAAAACCAAGGUGCCCAAGGGCUGUCCCGAUCUAGUGUCGUUCAAGUAAGGAAAGAUCACCUUUUUCACACGCAAGGGACUGUCGGUGCCGGAGCUGCCCAUUGAAUUCACUCUGCCGGAGGCCAAUCCCAUCGAAGAAGAGGAGGAGGAGGAGGAAGAGGACGAAGAUGAGUUCUACAAUUCUGCUGAGACGGCAAUUGCCAUCAAUACGGCAUUGGUGGCCAGCAGCAACAGGAACAAGAAUCUCAGUGAGCACCAUCACCAUAGUGGUGACCGGUGCAGUGCCCAAAAACCAACAUUAAAUGCUGCUCCUGCUAUUAGUCCAGCUGAAGUUCCAGCUGCCUCUCCUGCUGCCACUCCUGCUGCUUCACCUGCUCCUGCUCCGGCUCCUGCUCCUGCUGCUGCCAAUCCUGGACCAGCUGCAGCUUCUGCUCCACCCACUGAUGGUGACAUCACGCCAGAACAACAGCGCUACGACUACAUUGUCGAUCGCAACUAUGGCGUGGAGGUGUAGCCCCCUAACACCAACGCAUCAUCUCCUCCCCACCAUAUUCGUGUACAUUUUUUGUAAUUAAUUCUAGUAUUUAUUUUCAUUAAGCAGAAAAGUAUUUAUGUGUAUAAAAUGAAGAAAGCAA